ACACAAUAAUACCUUGACUUUACAGGGUUUUGGAGCAGAGCCUGUUCAUGACUGUGGGAUAGAACAGAACAGAAGUUUUCCUUGAGUCCCGUUGGCUGCUUCAUUGGACAGUGUUUCCAAAAUGUUCAAGCUGGAGACCGCUUGGCUGGAAGCAGAAGGAGAAUGUGACAGCAUUUGUGCUGAGAGCAGUGGGGAAUUCUGGGAAACAACUACGCAGGCGUUCCUGAAUGCGCACAUAGAGCGCCAGCGCUUCAGGCAUUCCUCCUUCCGAGAGGGCGAGGGACCCAGAGAGGUUUGCAGCCGCCUCCACUCUCUCUGCCGCCAGUGGCUGAAGCCAGAGCAACACACCAAGGCGGAGAUGCUGGACCUGGUGAUCCUGGAGCAGUUCCUGAGCAUCCUGCCCCCAGAGAUGGGGAGCUGGGUCCGAGAGUGUGGGGCAGAGACCUCUUCCCAGGCGGUGGCCCUGGCGGAAGGCUUCCUCCUGAGUCGGGCAGAGGACGAGAAGCAGGAAGGACAGUCAAAAGAUCUCUGUGUGGAAGUUCAGUCUGUUCUCCGUGCAUCAGAGGACUCAGUGUCAAUCUGCACUCAGAUUCCCGAGUGGAAGGAGAUAAAGCAAGAGGGAGAUGAAAGUGCUGCCUUCCUGGGGCCUGGAAUGGUGCCACAGACAAGUCUUCAUUCCUCUCUUCCUCUUUGCAAUGAAGCAGAAACAAUUGAGGUAAGAAGAAGGGAGUGA